CAGAGCGUAGAAAUAAAUUCAGUGUCGAAGACAGAGGGUGCCAAGUGGUUCACUACGCACUGGCAAUUGUUUGUAACAUUGGUGAAUAUUAGCCACCACUAAUUGUUUUUCUGUUAUUAUUAAUAAAUAAUCAAUAGAUAAAAGUAAAGUAUUGUGUGUUUGUUUGCCUGUGUGUGUGCGUGCGAGUUAAAACAGUUUAGUAGACUGGCAUUGGCAUAAAAACCUCACUCAGUCAGGUGGUUUGAAAUGCUCUGCAAUUAUCGUUCCUAGUUACUAGUGACAGUGGUUUAGUGUUUAAAGUGAAUAUUCGUCGUACGUCAGUCGUAACGACGAAAAUUAUAAUAAGACAAUUGGUUCAAAAAGAAUGACCUACUGUUAUUUAACAACACAUCUUAAUAAUGGUUGGUUUCAUUGAGAAAAAGGAAGUGGAAACAGAUAGAACAAGCACAGUCAGCGCUAAUAAUGUCAGCCAUGAUCCUAUGCCCGAAAUUGACUGUGUCAGAGUUCAACCCGCAGUCAUCAAGAAAAAUAGUUUGGCCAUUUCCAUUUCAUCAGAAUACAGUAGAUUGUCAAAGGGUCCUAUAGCUGUCAUCCGGCAAGAGAGUAUUUACCAAACAAUCUGGCAAAUAUCACUGCCAUUUUUCAUCGCUAGUUUAGGAAGUAUAGGCGCUGGUGUGGUACUCCAAGCAGUGGAGGAUGAAGAAGUAUUUAAAAUUAACGAUGCUCUGUACGUUUGCGUACCUGCAGUUAUGGGACUCAAAGGAAAUCUAGACAUGUGCCUAGCCUCACGACUCUCAACUCAAGCAAACCUGGGACAUAUGGAAAACAAAAGGAACGUGGUACUCAUGGCUAUCGGAAACAUGGCGAUAGUACAGGUUCAGGCAAUUGCGGCCGCAAUUUUUGUAACAGGAUAUGCUUUACUAUUGACUUUAUGGAUUUAUAAUGUACCUCUCACAGUAAAUGCAAUGCUUUUGGUGGCAAGUUCGGUGUGUUUAACUGCAACCCUUUCUUGCUUCAUUUUAGAUUUUCUAAUAGUGAUGGUUGUCUACUUCAGCUUCAAAUACAAAAUUAAUCCUGACAAUAUUUGCUCGCCAAUUAUAGCCAGUAUUGGAGAUGUGGUCUCGAUGGGACUUUUGGCAUUAUUUGCAAAAUUCUUUUACGAGAUGCUACAAGAAAAUCGUUAUUGGAUUCCUAUAGCUGUUAUUUCGGUUUGGGUAGUUGUACUUUUUCCUUGCUGGCUCAUAAUUGUACGGAAGAACCGCUUUACAAAGGAUGUUCUUCUUCAAGGUUGGAUACCAGUGUUUUCGGCUGUUAUAAUCAGCGGAGCCGGAGGUUUAAUCUUAAAUCAUGCUGUUGCGGUCCAUCCUGGAUUUUCGUCGUUUCAACCUGUAGUGAAUGGGAAGGGUGGAGAUAUCGUAUCAAUCCACACCAGUAGAAUUGCAACCCUGCUUCACCAAACAGCGAUUAAGGGACAGUUGCCCCCAAUGACCGCGUUAUGGGUUACACCGUGGGCAGCGUUAUGUCAUGGAACUUUCUCAGCAAAGACAGCCCGUUUAUUGAUUCCGAUUUCUCUCGUUGGACAUACCGUUUUCGUGAUCAUAGUUGACCUGAUUCAGAAUUUAGGUCAGUUUAGGAUAACAGUCGUCUUCUUCUUCGCGUACAUUGUUGCAGUAUUCAUCCAGAUAUUCUUGUUGCUAUACAUCGCCCAUUACUUGACUCAUUUGCUUUGGCGUUUUAAACUUGAUCCUGACACAUCGGCUAUUCCUUAUCUAACAGCGUUGGGCGACCUGUUUGGAACAUCUCUCCUGUUUGCCGCGUUUAGUUUCUGUAUGUCCGUUGGUUAUCCUUACACUCCAAUAUCAUCGGAUGGAGGAAACACCACCGAUACUUUCCUUUAAAUACUACGAUAGAUACAUUUUGGAACGAUAGAAUAAAUAGCAACAUUUGGAGAGAUAGCAAAGGUACUUGAUACCAGAGUGGCUGUUUAUAGAGCACCUGAAUAAUCGUGAAGUAUUGAUUUGAGAUGGAGAAUGGGUUGAUAACAAGUGACAGAAUUUCGUGUACAAAAUGUUGUUAGUAGACCACAAUAGCUUCUCGACUUAAUUUAUAGAUAUACAUAUACAUACCUAGGGAUAAAAA